AUGAUGUCCAAGAAGGCCCAGCUCACCUGCGUGGUGGUGAUCCUCGCCAUCAUCGGCGCCAUCGUCGGUGUAAUGGUCGCCCGCCAAGCCAGUCAUUCGACCAGCGCAUCGUCGGGGACUUCCAGCUCCGGCUCCGGGUCCAGCGUGACUGACAGCAGCGGGGACUCAACCACUACCGGUUCGUCCAGCGGGACGAGUUCAGUGUCCAAGAAGAAGAAGACGAAGACCAGCAGCAGCUCGACCUCGGGCUCCGAUGAGAUCACGUCCGACCCAACUUCCGCCAAGUACACGUUGUCUGCCUUUGCUAUCGGUGACUGGGGUACCACCACCACGCAGGACUCGUGCUGCAGCCGUUCGUCGACGUAUAACGACUACGACGUCAAUGCUGAGGACAUUGUGGCUAGCUUGAUGGACCAACAGGCCAGCGCUGCGUCGGCACCGCCCAAGUGCGUGCUCAGCCACGGCGACAACUUCUACUGGACGGGUAUUGACAGCGAAGGCAGCCGGGACUCGCGCUUCGAGACCACUUUCGAGGACAAAUACAGCGGCGAUAACAUCAAAAGCGUGCCGUGGGUGAACGUGCUGGGCAACCACGACUACGGUGGUGCCAGUUACAUCUGCUCGGACGACGAAGGCCGUGCCAAGUGCUCCUCCGCGGACGAGCUGGUCAAGGCGCUCAACAACAAGUUCUCGUGGCAGCAAGAGUACACCAGUCCCAACGACAACCGCUGGGUGCUCAAGGACCACUUCUACGUGUACUCCAUCGAGGACGAGGACUCGGGCGUCAGUAUCGACAUUUUCAACGUGGACGCGGGAGAUGCCGGCACCCACGCUGCCCAGCAGACCUGCUGCCAGUGCUACGGCUACGCUGAAGGCAGCGACAAGAAGUGUAAGAACGUCGCGCGUGGUGAUAAGCUCUGCUGCGGAGGCGAUACAGAGAUGUAUGAUGCCUGUUUCGACAAGUUCACGGAAUGGAGCGAUGACUCGCGCAAGCAGCUCGCGAAGGAGGUGGCAGCCUCCAAGGCGACCUGGAAGAUCGUCAACAGCCACUACAACCCGUACGCUCACUACGACGAGGCCGGCAUGAAGAAGUGGUUUGAGAUUCUCAAGGACUCGGGCAUUCAGCUCUGGAUGAACGGCCACACGCACGGAGAGAACCACGACUACUCGUCCACGUACAAGGUUCACUUCGUGGACAACGGAGCUGGUGGUGGUAUCCAGAAGGAGUCGGCCAGCGGUAUCCCGGAGUACGCGUCGAGCGAUGUGGAAUCCGUGUGGACGUACGGUGGUCAUGAGUACGGCUUCAUGUCUGUGGAGGCGUCCGAGGAGUGGCUGAAGCUGCAGUACCACACGGCCGACGACUCGUGGUCGUUUGAGGAGAGCUUCAAGUCUACCACCAAGGGCGGCGUGGCGACGAAGCACUGCUGGUACAUCCCGGUUAACGGAGGUGAAGGCAAGGAAUGUUAA